AUGGCAUCCCCACAAAAUAAAUUUACCAAUGGAAGUUACAUAAAUGAUCCCAAGUAUACCCCAGAACAAUUCAACAACCUUGCUAGUUGUGUCACAUCUAUAUUAAGCUCUGUCGACGUCGAAAUUGCAGCCUCGUACCAAUAUAGCAAUGGUAAGAACAAAAGUAAAGAGAUCAAAGCGUUUGCCAAACUUUCUGGGAAUAAUUGGACGUACUUUAUCAAGACGUUAAAAGUAAGUAUUGGUCGUAAUACAGAUAAGCUUGAUCCCAUAGAAGGAAUGGCCGCAAUAGAGACCGAACCAAAUAAUGUUACUACUGAUUUGAAUGGUUCCAACAUUGAUUUGGGCCCUGCAAAGACAGUAUCGAGAAAGCAUGGUAUAAUUGAAUUCAAUAGUGAGACUGGUAAUUGGGAUUUAAUUAUUACGGGACGUAAUGGUGCUAAGUUAAAUUAUAAAAAGAUUAAAACACACAAUUUGAAUAAAAGAAUAUCUUUAAAUUGUGGUGAUGUGAUCGAUAUGGGUGGAAUACAAAUGAUUUUUAUCUUACCUGAUACGGUGCCAUUGAUUAAUUCAAACUGUUUAACACAUUUUAUUCCUAAAUUAGUAACAAUAUAUGGCUUAAAUGGGAAUAACAACCCUUUGAUGCAAGACCUGAUUAAGGAUUCAAGUUACGUUAAACAACAAAUGAAAAUUGGUCAUUUAGAAAAUAUACCUGUAUUAAAUAGUAUCUUAUUAGAAAAUCAAAGGUUUUCCCCAAUUGAACCAUCUGAAAAAGUCUCCGAAAUUUCUAAUGAUUAUGACAAUGAUUUGGAUAAUAAAGCAGAUGAAACAAUAGCAAUAAUUACGACACCUACUGAUCCUGUCGUUCCAUUAUCGCCUGAAUAUAAUCACAACACUUCAGAGUACAAUGCCCUCAAAAGAACAUUACCUGAAAAAACUGGUACGUUACCAAAGAAAUUUCAGAUAUCAUCCAUAUCCAGUAACAAACAAUAUGGCGCCAUGCCUACAAAAUUACUUGAGUCACAACCAAUUGACCAGCUUGUGCCGUCACAUAUGCAUCCUGUUCCUAAGUCAAAGGUUACCAACCAACCAGAUUUUAGUUCACAGACAAUAAUACCACCUUUGCAACCUAGAUCAGAAUCUUUAGAUAAUAAAAAAGAAAUACGGAAGGAAGUGUCUCCUAGUGAAAAGGAUAUUGAUAAGUCCGGAAAAGUUGCCAACAAACCUCCAUUACCAUACGGUACAUUAAUAGCACAAGCCAUUCUAUCUACUGAGACUGGGAUUAUUUCUUUAUCUGAUAUUUACGAAUUUUUGUUAAAAAAAUACGAAUAUUUUAGAAAUACAAGUGCAGAUUGGCAAAAUUCUGUGAGACAUACAUUAUCUUUAAAUGCUGCAUUUCAAAAGAUUCCAAAGAAAAAAAUAUCAUCAAAGGGGAAAGGUAUGGUAUGGUGUAUUGAUAGAGAAUAUAGAGCUGAGUUUUUGAAAAAAUGGGAAAAUGGAUAUGCAAGUAAGACUAAAAAGAAUGCUGCUGUAGAUAAACAAUUGCUUCUUCAUAUGUCAACUCAUAAGUUCAUUCCAGAACCUUAUGAUAAUGAAAUAAGAUCACAUGAAAUUGAGAAACAAGAGAUGUCCCAAGCAAAUGGAAUUGCAGAUGAUGUGCAAUAA